AUGCAGGAGCUGAAAUUCGCCCUCGACCGAGUGUCUCAUCUUCCGGUCCACGACGCGCUGACCAUCGUCCGCAACGCCCUUAGUUUGCCUAGAUUGAUGUACUUCCUUCGUACAUCCUUCUCGGCUUCAAUACCCGUUCUUAAAGAGCCCUCGGGAAUUUCCGCGUUGGAUGGAAAACGUCCGGAUGGCUGCACGUUGAUUCCUUGGAGAGCCAGUAGAUGCCUGGCGUGGGACGUAACCGUUCCGGGCACAUUAGCGGAACGGUACGUGCACUUAACCAGCAAAGAAAGUGGUUUGGCCGCAACCAGGGCAUCAGAUGAAAAGUUUAAAAAAUAUGAAGGUGCCCUGCCCUCGAUGGAUUUUUUACCUGUUUGCAUCGAGGUUCUUGGCCCGAUGGACAACAACACUUCAAUAUUUUUUAAAAAGAUUUGCAAAAAGAUAAGUGGCAGGUCCGGCGACAGCAAAGAGCUAUUUUUCGCCAUGAAUCAUAUAUCUUGUUUGCUGCAAAGGUUUUUGCGCGUCUGUGUUACCGAAAAUGUUCAAUUAAACGCCGACGUGAGCGAAUAA